GGGCCUCGCGUUUGUCCAAUAUGGCGGCGCCCAGUGGCGGUGUGAACUGUGAGGAGUUCGCCGAGUUCCAGGAAUUACUCAAGGUGAUGAGGACGAUUGAUGACAGAAUAGUACAUGAAUUAAACACUACGGUUCCAACAGCUUCCUUUGCAGGGAAAAUUGAUGCAAGCCAAACCUGUAAACAACUUUAUGAGUCUUUGAUGGAAGCUCAUGCCAGCAGGGACAGAGUCAUAAAAAAUUGUAUAGCUCAGACCUCAGCAGUAGUAAAACACCUCCGAGAAGAGAGAGAAAAGAAUUUGGAUGAUUUAACGUUAUUAAAGCAACUUAGGAAAGAACAGACAAAGUUGAAAUGGAUGCAGUCAGAAUUGAAUGUUGAAGAAGUUGUAAAUGACAGGAGCUGGAAGGUGUUUAAUGAACGCUGCCGAAUUCACUUCAAGCCUCCAAAGAAUGAAUAAAAAGAUACUUUUUUAUAAAAGGACCGGGACAUCUCAUAAGAGCUAAGCAUGACAGAUAUCAACAAGGUGGGCUUCCUAGGAUGAUUUCUGAGCCAACAGUCCAAGACCUUUU